AGAAAAAAUGGCUGGCUUCAUUCGAGGCAAGCAGGCCGGUAUCCAGAAUGACCUCUCCGCCGGACUGACGCCCGAGCAUGUCGCUAUCGAUGACAUCGAGCGCUAUGGAAUCAACAGUCAGAUAGGAGCCAUCGCAUACGACCCUGUGCAAUCACUGCUGGCAGUGGGCACAAAGGACAGCAAAUUCGGACCUGGACAAAUCUACAUCUUCGGCAGAGGCAGAGUGGCUGUCACACUAGAUCUACCUCAACGAGCAUCAGCCAAGCAGAUACAAUUCUGUGCCGACAAGCUUGUCUGUCUCGACUCAAAGAAUGACUUGUCGUUCUAUUCGCUGGAGGCGAAGAAACUUAUCGGAUCUCAUUCACCACCUGGUGUCGCUACAUGCAUCGCGACAGAUCCCGCACUGGACUAUGCCUUGAUUGGUAUGCAAUCUGGUGAUGUUCUUGCGUAUGACAUGGACAGGGAAGGAGCCGCUCCUUUCCGAAUCCCAAAUCUGUGGGCUGAGCGUGAUUCGAGAGUACGAGUGUCACCAGUCGUCAGCAUACAGUUCCAUCCUAGAGAUAUCGGAAAGCUGUUGAUCGGUUACGUUCAUGGUGCCGUCACCUUCUCCUUCAAGCUGAACCAAGCUCAAAAGUUCUUUCAAUACGAGAUCCCUGCCGGAGCACCGGGCGGUCAUGCAGACCCUUCUUCGUCGAAAACCCCUCGCUGGCCGAAACUGACCCAAGCAGUGUGGCAUCCUACUGGCACUUUCAUCUUGACAGGACACGAAGACAGCUCGAUGGUGUUUUGGGAUCCCAAAGAUGGCAGAAUCAUUUUGGCCAGAACGACUAGCGAGACACAUAUAAAUGUUCCAGGCAAGGGUGCCACGACUCUUGGACCGACCGUGUCAGUAAAAGAGCCCAUCUUCAAGGUUGCCUGGUGUGCAAACAAGGAUCCCGACGACACCGCGCUUCUUAUCGCUGGUGGUGCAGACACAACUAUGCCAACAAAAGGCAUGACAUUCUUCGAGCUGGGCCGAACCCCAAACUACGCUACUUCCAGUUGGGAUGUCCUUGCCGACCACUUGGAGUCACCACGCCGACAAAGAGUGCUGCCAACACCACCUAAUGCUGAGGUAGUUGAUUUCUGCCUCAUACCCCGAGAAUCGCCACAUUUUGCUGGCGCUCAAGAUCCUAUCGCCGUCUUAGCGCUUCUGUCUUCUGGAGAAGUAAUCACGCUCAGCUUCCCCAGCGGAAUACCCAUCACUCCAACCAAUCAGCUGCACGUGUCUAUGACUUUUGUUCAUCCGUUUAUCAGACGUGCAAAUGUCACUACUGUCGACAGAGUCAGAUGGCUCGGCAUGACCGAGACUCGCAAUCAAGGCCCUCAGAUCCUUAAGGGUGGCGUCGAGCAAACACAUCCUUUGAAGCGAUACGAAAACCGAAACAUCAUUCAAACAAUGCAUGCAGACGGGACGGUCAGGUUAUGGGACGCGGGUCACGGUGACGAGCUGGAAAAUGACAAGGUCCUCGAAGCAGGUGUCGGUCGAGCUGUGGGACGUAUCGAAGGUGUAGACAUCACCAAUACCUCUCUGGCGAGCGCGAGUGGCGAGUUCGCAGCAGGUACCAGGAGCGGUGAAGUUGCGGUCUUCCGCUGGGGUCACAACAGAAACUUUGGUCGUGAUGUGCCUCCAUCUGCCGGUGGAAACCGUCCUAAUGCUCUCACCAACAUCGUCGAUAGAGCCGAUCCAGGUCUGAAGGAGGGAUUGUGUCCAUUCACAUUGCUUGACUUGCAAAGUGGACCUGUCACUGCAGUCAAGGUCAGCGAGGUUGGUUUCGUUGCUGCUGCUUCGGAAGGAGGCAAACUUGCUGUCAUUGAUAUGCGUGGCCCUGCUAUCAUUCACCUUGGCACAACUGCCGAGUUUGGCAAAGGCGACAAACUCGGCACACUGCGUCGCAAGAGUAGUCAUCCGGCAGAUAAGCCAGAGUGGGUGACAAAAUUGGAGUUUAGUGACGAAAACUACUCCAGUGUAAAUCUGCAUGCCGGUACUAAUCUAGGUCGAUUAGCAACCUUCAAGCUCAUCCCUGACAGCAGUGGACGUUACUGCGUCGAUUUCAAGGGUGUCACGUCCUUUGAUGGUCGCAUCAUCCACAUAUCACCCGUCGACACCCACACGGGCAGACCGGCAUCCGCAACCCCUGACGCUGUAGCCAAUCUUCGUAACGGCGUCAAGACUGAUGGUGUCCUCGUCGCCGUAACCACAGCCGAAGCACGCAUCUUCCGCCCGGCCACCUCAAAGGGCGCUCACAAGACCUUUGACAGCUACUCUUGCGAGUCAGCAGCUGUUGUAAGAUUUCAGGAUCAGGGUUACGUGCUUGUUGGGCUGUUCAGUGAUGGCACCGUGCGUGCGUAUACACUACCUGCGCUGAGAGAGCUGAAUUCGAUCAACAUAUCGCAUGUCCUGGACACCAGACGUUUUGCCGAUUCCAUAAUCAUCCCCAACGGCGACAUUUUUGGCUGGACCGGUCCUUCAGAGAUGGCUCUAAUCAACAUGUGGGGAACAGGCCAACUACUACAAACUCUUCAACCCCGAAGCCCUCAUCCCUCCUCGCCCUACAAUCUCAAACUUCCAAUGGGUAGCGGGAACCCAAUACUCGGCGGCCCCUCCCGUNNCCCCCCCUCCAAACGCAUGCUAGCCCAGACUCGCGCAGACGAAGCAUCCCGUCUCGCCGCGUCCCGCCGGCCCGCCUCUGCCUCGUCUUCCUCAGCUCAAGGCGCCAAUGAAGGAUGGGGUGCAUACAUGCAGCGACAGCUGCAGGAAAGAACGGAAAAACUUAACAUCAUGGGCGACUCGAUGGAGAAUCUUGAGAAUAAUAGUCAAGGGUGGGCGGAUGAUGUGAGUAAGUUUGUCAGUAAACAGAAGCGGGGGGCGAUGACUGGGUUGAUCAAGAAAGGAUUUGGGUUU